GUCCGUUGGUUUAUCGCCUUGUCGCAACUCCCGCCGGUGGCUGUCGUCCUUUGUCUUUCCUAAUAUCUCUUCUUUUCUUUUUUUCGCUCCCUUAUCUACUUCCUUCUCCUUCUCGCUCGUUUCCUUCCUAAUUUCCUUGCUCAUUCCACUCUUUCCUGGCUGCGUCGCUGGUACGAGUGGCUAUUAUGUCGGUCACACCCGUCGCAACUUGAGUUGGUUGAUAACAUCUUUUUUUCCGACGUCUUGUGGCCACAUCCUUAUCUAUUCACUCGGUCACCCUACAAAUCCCCUCACCCCACGAAAUGUUGGACGAUGAGGCUACAGUCGGGAAUGGUCCCGCUGAUGGACUUCGAAAUGCAUCGCGAAGGCGUGGUUUAAGAGGGAAACGGGACCCGGGGUUUCAUGGCCAAGCCAGUUGGCUCAGCUGUGUGAUAAACCUGGUCAAUACGAUCAUCGGUGCCGGUGUCCUGGCUAUGCCUCUUGCCAUGUCUCAUAUGGGGAUCGUUCUCGGUGUCAUCGUCAUUUUAUGGUCUGGAACGACAGCUGGUUUCGGCCUCUACCUUCAGUCACGAUGUGCGCAGUACUUGGAUAGGGGAACGGCGUCAUUCUUCGCUUUGUCCCAACUUACAUACCCCAAUGCCGCCGUGAUUUUCGAUGCCGCCAUUGCGAUCAAAUGUUUUGGAGUUGGAGUCAGUUACCUUAUCAUCAUUGGAGACCUAAUGCCAGGAGUUGUUCAGGGCUUUGUUGGUGGUACUCCGGACUACGACUUUUUGGUGGAUCGGCAUUUCUGGGUAACAGCUUUCAUGUUGGUUGUUAUUCCGCUCUCGUACCUCCGCCGCUUAGAUUCCCUGAAAUACACGAGCAUCGCAGCCUUGGUUUCCAUGGCCUACUUGGUGGUUUUGGUUCUCUAUCAUUUCGUGAUUGGUGAUACGAUGGCAGAUCGAGGUCCGGUUCGCGUGAUACAUUGGGCCGGUCCCAUUCCGAUGCUUAGCAGUCUUCCCGUGAUCGUAUUCGCAUUCACGUGCCACCAAAAUAUGUUCUCGAUAUUGAACGAGAUUGGAAAUAACAGCCACUUUAGAACGACUGGCGUUGUUCUUGCUAGUAUUGGAAGUUCUGCAGCAACAUAUAUUCUCGUCGCCAUUACGGGGUAUCUUUCUUUUGGAGACAAGAUUGGAGGAAACAUCGUGGGCAUGUACACCCCUGGACUCUGGGCAACGAUUGGCCGUGCCGCCAUCGUUAUGCUUGUCAUGUUCUCGUACCCUCUUCAAUGUCACCCGUGCCGCGCCUCAGUUGAUGCGGUUCUGCGGUGGAAACCCAAGGCUUCGACCACCAACGACAAUUCACCUCAUCGCCACCCUCUGCUAGGACCACGAGGAAACCGAACACCAGAGCCCAUGAGUGAUCUUCGGUUCUCGGUUAUUACGACAACGAUCCUAGUACUGAGCUACAUUGUCGCCAUGACCGUUUCCUCUCUCGAAGCGGUGCUUGCCUAUGUGGGAAGCACAGGCAGCACCAGCAUCAGUUUCAUUCUCCCAGGAUUGUUCUAUUACAAAAUCUCUUCCCCUGACUCACCUGCCCACCAACGGCUGAUGAAGGAAGACGACGAGGCGGCUGGAGGCAUGUUAUCCGACGAUGAUGACAACGACGACAUGGACGACAAUCAGACCCGUGCACUUACCGAAAGCGGUAUCCUUCGUCGUGGGACUCGUCAUUGGCGCAAGGCUAUACUGCGGAAGUUAAGCUUAGCGCUCGCAAUAUACGGAGUCAUUGUCAUGGUUGUCUGUCUCAUCACCAAUUCGCUCUUCAUCGCCUCACACUAGAACUUCUUCCAGCUUAGAUUGAUAUACCCGCUUCCCAGUACCUCGGGGUAUUUCAUUUUCUUUCUUCUAGACAAGUGGACUUCUUAUUCAUGUUACCUAAACAAAACCUUUACCUUCCUUCUCAGGCCCUCAUUACUCUCCUAUCAUGUUUCUUUUCUUUUGGUUUUUCCCCGUUGGUUUAGAGAACAAGCUUAAUAUGCUAAACUUUUAAAUCAAUUACUACUAUACCAUUGACGGGCGUUGGGGGGAUAUGUCUGGGUUCGUCAUCGGAAUUUCGGUCUCUUAUCUAGGAUACGUCACAUAUUUCUUUCAGCCACUUCUUUUCCUUCUCGUUUUCUAUACUGUUUUUGUUGUGUUCAUAUUAUACAUAUAAGAAUUUAUUGUUAUCAAUUUUCAAGUGUUACCUGCCUCUUCUGUACAUGAUCGACGAUAUCGUUUCAUUAACGAGCAAUGCAACUGACUUCAUGAUACGGCAAUAUGAUCUGUGGUAUACAAUUUCGUUAACAUACUUAGAAUGUUAUUUCUUAUGACUUGUA